AUGACCUUGCCUGCUUCUACUCUGAAGUGUUUUCAAACUCCAAGAGUUUACCCCCGGGAGCUUACGAACCGUAUCUACGAAUGUCUCACCGCCUACAUCUCCGUCAUCAAGGCGGAGCCAGAAAGCCAUGUCCAUGAUCUCCAGAAAGUCAAUUCCUCUACUCCCCCGGAGGACAUCCCCUAUACCAUUUAUCGUACGAAGGAAGCAGCCCGGUGCGCCGCAAAGCAGCUCAGCAUCCUUAGGAGAUGGGCAAGCAAAGAGAACGUCGUACUCGGCGCUACCUCACGCUUUGAGGACCGCAGCCCUACCCGUUCUUUCCGGAGUGGCCCAGCAGCAGAACCAAAGAACCCAGUCAAGACAGGAGCCGAGCUCACCGUCACCCAUAACGCCUAG